GAUUUUAUUAUAUAUGACAACUAUUUAAUAAGGUUUUGAAAAAUGGAAGAGGAUAACAAAAAUUCAGUUAUAACUCUGGAAGAUUUUCCAUUCAUUUGUCGAAUUUGUUGUUUGAGGCGAAAUGAUUUAAGACCAUUUGAAGAAGUAGAUUGUUUGAUUGCACUAUUCCAUACUAUUAUGAAUAUAGAUGUUUGCUCAACAGUUGAAUAUCCAAAAAAUGUGUGCGAUGAAUGUGCCAGUAAACUGGAAAAUAUAUCACUUUUGGUAAACACUUCAAAGGAUAAUGACACGAAGAUGAAAGAAACCUGGAUGACACAAAAAGAAACGGAAGAAAAUUUAACAGCUAGAACAAAAGAAAAUUGUGAAAAGGAUAUUAUUCAUAAUGAGGAAUCUCAAGUAUGUCGAAUUUGCUUGUCUAAAAAAUGCUUAACACCGUUUGAAGAGAAGAAACUUCUGGCGAACCUAUUUAUAGAUCUCACAGAACUUGAUGUCUCGAGGAGUAGCAUAUGCAACAAAUGUAUUGACAAGCUAGAAGACAUAUUAAUUUUCAUCAGUUUUUCACUGUGUAAUGACAAGAAUCUCAAAAACGCUCUUGGUACUGACUUACUAAAAUGCGAGGAGCAACAAUUUCUCAAAGUAAUUGACCGAAAUGAAACGAUAAAUGACGAUAUAUUCAGAAAUAAUGAAUGUUCUCUUGAGAGCAAAGUGAAAUAUGAAAGUAUCGAUAUCAAGGAGGAAAUUAUUGAUUGUGAACUUGCAUCUUCCAUGAAAACUUUCCAAAAUGAUCUAUGUAAAAAACGAUUUGAGUGUCAUUUGUGCAAAUAUAGCUGUAAUCGGAAAAGUGAUUUGGUAAACCAUAUUCGUACUCACACUGGAGAAAGGCCUUUUGAAUGUCAUUUCUGUAAUAAACGUUUCACUAUAAAAACCCAGUUAAAACAACAUAUGUUGAAUCACACUGGAGAGAAACGAUUAGAAUGUCAUUUGUGUAAAUAUAGCUGUAUUCGGAAAAACGAUUUGUCAAAGCAUUUGCGCAUUCACACCGGAGAAAGACCCUUCGAAUGUCAUUUGUGUGUAAAGCGUUACACUACGAAAAGCCAUUUAACACAACAUAUGUUUCAACACAAUGCAGUAAAGCCAUUCGUAUGUCAUUUGUGUGAAUAUAGCUGCAUUCGAAAAAGCGAUUUGAAAAGGCAUUUUCGCACUCACAGUGGAGAAAGACCUUUCAAAUGUGAUUUGUGUGAGAAAAGUUUCACUAUAAAAAGCCAAUUAAAAGAACAUAUCUUUCAACACACUGGAGAAAAAAAAUUCGAAUGUGAAUUGUGUAAAUAUAGCUGUGUUCGAAAAAGCCAUUUAAAAAUGCAGAGACGAACUCCAAGUCUAGUUCUUGAAAAUUAUGAUUUUGCCCGGUGCUCGACCACAUUACCAAAUCAUUUGUUUUUUUCACAGUUAUGACUUUUUUUUGGAAAAAUCUUGUAUCUAGCAUGAAUGUUGAACUGAAUUCAUCUCUAGAAUCUGAAUUGUAAAUAAAGACACUGGAAAAACAAAAUGUUUUUAA